AUGCAUUUGAUGUACACUUUGGAUAACGAGGGAAAGAGAAUCUACACCUUGAAAAAGAUCACAGAGGAAGGGAAAAUCACCGACUCGGCGCACCCUGCCAGAUUCAGUCCCGAUGACAAAUACUCUAGACAAAGAGUUACAUUGAAGAAGAGAUUCGGAUUAUUGCCUACACAGAACUAA